AUUCGAUCCAUUAUUCCUUGGAGGUGGUUCUCGACCAACACGUACAUGUAUCUUUCUCGCUUUCUCUAGAACCAUCCUACCCCUAUUAACUCAUCAAAAUUUCUCUCCUUUCAUGCAAAAGCUUCGAUCUUUUAAUGUUGUUUGAUCGGUAGACAAUCGAUGCCAAAGUGGUGAGAUUUUGUUUGUUAGAUAUGUUACUAAUUUUAGAGUUCUUUAGAUGAUUUAUCUCAGUUUAAAGUUUGUGUCUUUUUGAGUUAAUGGUUAAUUUGGUGGUGAUUUUAUGAUUUGCCUUUGAAUUCUGUCUGAUUGUUGUUGGUUCUUUUUAUGCUGAAACUAGUGAAGAUACCUCAGUCCUUACCUAUCUCCAGAAAUUGCAGUAGUAGAUUCUGAAAGAAAAUGGGAAUUGUGGAAAGGAUAAAAGAGAUCGAAGCCGAGAUGGCUCGGACGCAGAAGAACAAAGCUACAGAGUAUCAUCUUGGUCAGCUCAAGGCAAAAAUUGCAAAGCUCAGAACACAACUCUUAGAGCCUCCAAAAGGCUCUAGUGGAGGUGGGGAUGGUUUUGAAGUUACAAAGUAUGGGCAUGGACGUGUUGCACUUAUAGGAUUUCCAAGUGUUGGAAAGUCUACGCUUUUGACAAUGUUAACUGGCACACAUUCUGAAGCAGCCUCAUAUGAAUUUACAACACUUACAUGCAUCCCUGGAGUUAUUCACUACAAUGACACCAAAAUCCAGUUGCUUGAUCUUCCUGGGAUUAUUGAAGGUGCUUCAGAAGGAAAGGGACGAGGGAGGCAGGUUAUUGCUGUUGCAAAGUCUUCAGACCUUGUGUUGAUGGUUCUUGAUGCCUCAAAAAGUGAAGGCCACAGGCAAAUACUGACUAAGGAGCUUGAAGCAGUUGGUCUGCGUCUGAACAAAAGACCUCCACAGAUAUACUUUAAGAAGAAGAAGACUGGUGGGAUUUCUUUCAACACUACAACCCCCUUGACUCGCAUUGAUGAGAAGCUCUGUUAUCAAAUUCUGCAUGAAUACAAGAUUCACAAUGCUGAGGUUCUAUUUCGUGAAGAUGCUACGGUGGAUGACUUUAUUGAUGUCGUUGAAGGCAAUCGCAAAUACAUCAAAUGUGUAUAUGUCUACAACAAAAUAGAUGUUGUUGGAAUCGAUGACGUUGAUAGGCUGGCACGGCAGCCAAAUUCUAUUGUUAUUAGCUGCAACCUAAAGCUAAACUUAGACAGACUACUUGCAAGAAUGUGGGACGAAAUGGGACUUGUGAGAGUUUACUCAAAGCCUCAAAGCCAGCAACCAGAUUUCGAUGAACCCUUUGUCCUCUCAGCUGAUAGAGGUGGCUGCACAGUUGAAGAUUUCUGUAACCAAGUCCACAGAACUCUGGUGAAGGAUAUGAAGUAUGCACUAGUUUGGGGCACAAGCGCUAGGCACUACCCUCAACACUGUGGUCUUUUUCAUCAUCUUGAGGAUGAAGAUGUUGUUCAAAUUGUCAAGAAAAAGGUGAGAGAAGAAGGGGGAAGGGGACGGUUCAAGUCACACUCGAACGCACCUGCUAGAAUUGCAGACCGAGAGAAGAAAGCUCCACUAAAGCAAUAAAACAGUUACUCAUCCUGAGUUAUCCCAAGUAAUACAGAUCUCAUGUGUAUUAGAACUAUGUAAUAGUUGUUGCUCACCAAUUCUACUGUAAAUUCUGUUCUUAGUCUAUAAAAAGGCAUUGGCAUUCAUAUCUUGAUUUCAUAUUGACAAGAGCUAGGAAUAGAUUGUUUCAGAAAUACGAGAAGUAAACGAUUAAUGAUCCAAGUGCCAAACAACGACAUUUGUAGUCUCGAAACUAAUUCCUUAACAUUCAUAUGUAAAAAAAAGAUAAACAGAAGUUGCUUCUGUAUCUAUAUUCCGUGUAUGUGU